AUGCAAGCAUCAGACCCUACACCAGGGCAACCAGGUGUCCCUUUUGCAGCGAGCUAUGCUGCAUUGGCUGUCGCUGCUGUGACGCUGCUCGCGGCUCUACUGGUUCGUGAACUCUCUGCAUACUCAAAGCGGCGAUCUAUGCCGCCUGGGCCGUUCCGGUGGCCCCUAAUAGGAAACGCCCUUCAAAUGCCGCAAGUCCAUCCAUGGCUCACGUAUUCACGUUGGGCGCGUGUGUACGGCGACAUAUUGUACCUCGACGCUCUCGGUCAGCAUAUAAUCGUGAUCAACAGCGCCAAGGUUGCGCGGGAACUGCUCGACAAGCGAUCGUCGAUCUAUUCUGGGAGACCACAUCUCACCAUGCUGGGAGACCUCGCAGGGUACAACAAGAUACUUCUCAUGCAACCUUACGGCGAUGAGUUACGGCAACAACGACGGCUCAUAUCGCAGACCCUCAGCAUCUCCACUAUCGGACAGUACUACGACAUUCAGGAAGCAGAAGCUCGUCGACUCGUACUCAGGGUCAUUGACAAUCCUAGCCUGCUCGAGAGCCAGGUUCGAACGAGCAUAGCGAGCCUUAUCAUGCUCGUGACAUAUGGUUACACGGUUAAAGGCACGGAAGACGUGUUCGUUGAGAGGGCAAUCGAGGUCUUAGAGAACCUCACCCUGGCAGAAAUGCCCGGAACAUGGCUGGUGGACAUGAUUCCUCAGCUUAAGUAUUUUCCGUCGUGGAUGCCGGGUUUCACGUUCCUCAAGACAGCAAAGGCGUGGCGCAAGCUACUUUAUACGACCAAUAGAGAACUGUACCAGUGGAGCAAGGAACACUCGGAAAAUGGCACAGCGCGCGUGCCUAAUCUGUGUGCGUCAGUCCUGGCAGAAGCGGAGGGAAAGGCGACCCUUCAGCUGGAGGAAUACCUUAUGUGGGCGGCAAUUACCGUUCUAGGAGGUGGUCUAGAUACAAAUACCGCAACGAUUCUAUCGUUCAUUCUGGCCAUGCUGCGUUUUCCCGACGUGCAGAAGAAAGCGCAGGCUGAGAUUGAUGCCGUAGUGGGGAGCGAACGGCUCCCGCAAACAUCGGACAGACCGUCGCUACCGUAUAUCAGGAGCCUCAUUGCUGAGGUAUACCGCUGGCUUCCCGCUGGUCCUCUGAGUGCUCCACACGCACUUGACGAAGACGACGUUUAUGACGGUAUUUUCCUGCACAAAGGCUCGAUACUCUUACCGAAUGUGUGGCACAUGCUGCAUGACCCUGACGUCUACCCCGAGCCGGACGUGUUCAAACCCGAGCGGUAUGGCGGUAGCGACAUCGAGAUGAAGAAGGUGACAGACGUCGCAUUUGGAUUCGGCCGACGCGCAUGCCCCGGAUUCCAUCUCUCCCAAGGCACAACAUUCUCAAUGGUCGUUACCAUGCUCGCAACGUGCGACAUAGUGCCCGUCGUCGAUGAUCAUGGACAAGAGAUCAUUCCCGAUGUCAAAUAUCCAACGAAGUCUAUUCUAUACCCUGAGGAUGUUAAAUGUACAUUUCGCCCACGAUCAGAGCAAGCUAAAUUGGCGCUCAUCGACAGCAUGACUGACAGUGUAAUCUGA